UGAAGACAUACCAUAAUUUUUGCAUCUCUCAAGAUGAUCGUAUAGGUUAGGAAACUACUAGGCUAAUUCAGUUUCUUUGAGUUGUGGUCAGAUCUCCUAAUAUGGCUAGCGAAAAAAAAUCAGGAAAAACAUCUUCAAAAGGUGAAAAAUCAAAUGAAGAAAUAUUUGCUGGAUUUCAAACACUUCGAAAUGAACAAAGAAUGAUGGCCAAUAAAUUGUCCGAAAUGGAAAUGGAAUUAAAUGAACAUAAGAUUGUUAUCGAUACUUUAAAAAACGUUGAUCCUAAAAGGAAAUGUUAUAGAAUGAUUGGAGGAGUAUUAUGUGAGCGUACUGUCGAAGAUGUUAUGCCCACAUUAGUAACAAACAAAGAACAGUUGAUUAAAGUAAUAGAAGCUUUGAAUGACCAAUUAACUAAAAAAGGUAUCGAAAUAAAUGAGUAUAAAGAAAAACAUAAUAUCAGAAUUCGAGGUCAGGAUGACUUACAACAUCCGGAGGAAGAAUCAAAAGAAGCGAAAAGGAAUGUAAUUGUUGUAAAUCCUAUUGAGGUUUAAACAUCGUUAAUGUUUUCAUUUAAUUUAAAAAUAUUAAUCUUAAAAAAUUAAAUUUCAAUGCUUUAUUCUAUAAACUACCAGUAACAUUAAAGAUCAUUUUCUUUGCA